CACUUGGCUGUAGUUUCGUAGGAGCCGAGCAGGAUGCCUCCUCGUGAACGCCUACUGGGUGAAAACUUUCGCGAUCCCUUCCUCCCCCUGGCGGAGCGUCCUGUCACCAGUGGAAAAUGGCUGCUCGGAGCAGCUCCCUUAAAGCUCUCACAAAACUGAACUAAACUCCACUUUACUGACACCAAUUCAACCGGAAGUCUCACUCUGCGCUUUUUCCACACAAGACGACUGGAAUCGAGGAAUCUUCCACUCCAAGAAUGUCUCGCUGGGUUCCUUCUAAGAAGGAAAAGUAUGGAGUUGCAAUCUAUAACUACGACGCCCGGGGAGACGAGGAGCUGUCUCUGCAGAUCGGCGACACGGUGCACAUACUUGAGACGUAUGAAGGCUGGUACAGGGGUUACAGGCUGAGGAGAAAAUCAAAAAAGGGCAUAUUUCCUGCUUGCUAUAUACACGUGAAGGAUGCCACGGUGGAGGGCAGUGGGCAAAAGGAGACGGUCAUUCCCACUGAGCUGCCUCUGGUUCAGGAGGUCACCACAACACUGCGGGAGUGGGCUACAAUAUGGAGAGACUUGUAUGUGGGGGACAAGCGUGAGAUGUUCAACUCUGUCCGCGACAUGAUCUACGACCUAAUUGAAUGGCGGUCACAGAUCCUGUCCGGCACGCUCCCCCAGGACGAGCUGACUGAGCUGAAACAGAAGGUCACCUCCAAGAUAGACUACGGCAACAAAUACUUGGAUCUUGAUCUGGUGGUCAGAGACAAGGAUGGAAACAUACUGGACCCAGACCUGACCAGUACCGUCAGUUUAUUCAGGGCACACGAAGCAGCCUCCAAGCAGAUAGAGGACCGGAUCCAAGAGGAGAAGUCUCAGAAGCAGAAUAUUGAUCUGACAAGACAAGCUAAGUUUGCCUCCACACCGGCUUUUGCCCUCUUCGUGACUCUGAAGAAUGUGGUGUGUAAGAUCGGGGAGGAUGCCGAGGUGCUCAUGUCUCUCUAUGAUCCAGUGGAGUCAAAGUUUAUCAGUGAGAACUACCUGGUGAAAUGGUCCAGCUCGGGUUUGGUGAAAGACAUUGAACAGCUUCAUAAUCUGCGUGCGGUCUUCACGGAUUUGGGCAGUGAAGAUUUGAAGAGAGAGAAAAUCAGCUUUGUGUGUCAGAUUGUCAGAGUGGGACGCAUGGAGCUGAGAGACAACAACACGAAGAAGCUGACCUCAGGUCUGCGAAGACCAUUUGGAGUGGCAGUAAUGGAUGUCACCGACAUCAUCACGGGCAAAAUGGACGAUGAGGACAAGCAACACUUCAUCCCAUUUCAGCCGCUAGCGUUGGAUGAUGCCAUCCGCCACAAGCAGCUGAACAUCUCCCGUUUCUCACCCAGGGUGGCGGGGGAGAACGACUUCCUCCAGACAGUCAUCAACAAAGUUAUCACCGCCAAAGAAGUCAAUCACAAGGGCCAAGGCCUGUGGGUGACUCUGAAGCGGCUUCCCGGAGACAUCCAUCAGAUAAGGAAGGACUUCCCUCACCUGGUGGAUCGAUCGACAGCUGUGGCUCGAAAGAUGGGCUUUCCUGAGAUAAUUAUGCCAGGUGAUGUGCGAAACGACAUCUAUGUGACUCUGGUUCAGGGGGAUUUCGACAAGGGGAGUAAGACGACACCCAAAAAUGUCGAGGUGACCAUGUCUGUCUAUGACGAAGAAGGCAAGAAGCUGGAGAAUGUGAUUUUCCCUGGGGCUGGAGAUGAUGGCAUCAGCGAGUACAAGUCUGUCAUCUACUACCAAGUGAAGCAGCCACGCUGGUUUGAAACCAUAAAGGUCGCUAUUCCUAUUGAAGACGUGAACCGGAGCCAUCUGCGGUUCACCUUCCGCCACCGUUCAUCACAGGAUUCCAGAGAUAAGUCAGAGAAGGUAUUUGCUUUGUCGUUUGUUAAACUGAUGCGGUACGACGGGACCACUCUGAGGGAUGGUGAGCAUGAUCUCAUCAUGUACAAGGCGGAAGCCAAGAAGAUGGAUGACUCAUCAAUUUACAUGAACCUCUCCUCCACCAAGCUGGAGCUGGAGGAGAAGGGCUUGACUCUGAGUGGGAAAAGCACCCAGACCCUGAGCACCUGCACCAUCAGCAAGGACUCCUUCCAGAUCUCCACCCUGGUCUGUUCUACCAAGCUCACACAGAACGUUGACCUGCUUGGCCUGCUGAAGUGGCGCACCAACACCAGCUUGCUACAGCAGAACCUCUGUCAGCUGAUGAAGGUGGAUGGUGGAGAAGUGGUGAAGUUUCUGCAGGACACUUUGGAUGCUCUCUUCAACAUCAUGAUGGAAAACUCUGACAGUGACACUUUUGAUACGUUGGUGUUUGAUGCCUUGGUGUUCAUAAUUGGACUCAUCGCCGAUCGAAAGUUCCAGCACUUUAACCCUGUUCUUGAAACCUACAUCCGUAAACAUUUCAGCGCAACGCUGGCUUACACGAAGCUGACUAAAGUUUUAAAGAACUACGUGGACAAUGCAGAGAAGCUGACGGAACAGCUGCUGAAGGCCAUGAAGGCUCUGGAAUACAUCUUCAAGUUCAUCGUGCGCUCCAGAGUCCUCUUCAACCAGCUCUAUGAGAACAAAGGAGAGGCCGACUUCAUGGAGUCCUUGAGGAACCUUUUCACAUCCUUUAAUGACAUGAUGAGCAGUAAUUCAGAGAACACUGGCAUGGUGAAGGGUGCUGCACUGAAGUACAUCCCCACCAUUGUCAACGAUGUCAAGCUGGUUUUUGACCCAAAGGAACUCAGCAAACUAUUCACGGAGUUCAUCCUGAAAGUCCCUCAGGGUCGCCUGGUGAAACAGAAGCUAGACUGUCUGAUUGACAUCGUUCACAGUGAUCUCUUCACUCACCAUGAUUGCCGUGAGAUCCUGCUGCCGCUGAUGACGGACCAGCUGAAGUUCCACCUGGAGAAGCGGGAGGAGCCAAAGGCAUGCUGCCAGCUGCUCAGUGACAUCCUGGAGGUGCUUUACAGGAAGGAUGUGGGUCCCAGCCAGCGGCACGUGCAGAUCAUCAUGGAGCAGCUACUGAGGACGAUCAACCGGACGGUCAUUUCCAUGGGCAGAGACUCUCCUCACAUCGGCAGCUUCGUGGCCUGUAUGACGGCGAUACUGAGACAGAUGGAUGACUACCAUUACACUCAUCUGAUCAGCACCUUUGGCAAGAUAAGAAGUGAUGUGGUGGAUUUCCUAAUGGAAACAUUUAUCAUGUUCAAAGAUCUCAUUGGGAAAAACGUCUACCCCUCCGACUGGAUCAUAAUGAACAUGAUGCAAAAUAAAGUUUUCCUCCGGGCUAUCAGCCAGUACGCAUCAGUGCUGAACAAGAAAUUUCUGGAUCAAACCAACUUUGAGCUACAGCUGUGGAACAACUACUUUCACUUGGCCGUGGCCUUCCUCACCCAGGAGUCUCUGCAGCUGGAGACCUUCUCGAGUGACAAACGAGCGAAGCUCUUCCACAAGUACCAGGACAUGAGAAGACAAAUCGGCUUUGAAAUCAGGGAUAUGUGGUACAAUCUAGGCCCCCACAAGAUCAAAUUCAUCCCAGAGAUGGUAGGUCCCAUUCUGGAGAUGACACUAGUUCCUGAGAUUGAGCUACGAAGGGCCACCAUCCACAUCUUCUUUGACAUGAUGCAGUGCGAGUUUCAUUUCACGUGCAGCUUCCAACGGUUUGAGAACGAGAUCAUCACCAAGCUGGAUCACGAGGUGGAGGGGGGUCGCGGAGACGAGCAGUACAAAGUUCUCUUUCAGAAAAUAUUGCUGGAGCAAUGCAGGAAGCACAUGUACUUGGCCAAGACGGGCGAGAACUUUGUCACUCUGGUAGUGCGUCUGCUGGAGAGGCUGCUAGACUACAGGACCAUCAUGCACGAUGAGAACAAGGAAAAUCGCAUGAGCUGCACCGUCAACGUGCUCAACUUUUACAAGGAGAUUGACAGAGAGGAGAUGUACAUCAGGUACCUGUACAAGCUGUGUGACCUCCACAGAGAGUGUGACAACUACACUGAGGCUGCCUACACCCUGCUGCUACAUGCAAAACUGCUCAAGUGGUCAGAUGAGCAGUGUGCAGCCCACCCGACCCAACGAGACGGUUACCAGGCCGCUACUCAAGGACAGCUCAAGGACCAGCUCUACCAGGAGAUUAUUAAUUACUUCGAUAAGGGGAAGAUGUGGGAGGAAGCGAUCAUAUUGAGCAAGGAGCUGGCCGAACAGUACGAGAAUGAAAUGUUUGACUUUGAGCAGCUCAGUGCGUCCUUGAGGAAGCAGGCCCAGUUUUAUGAGAACAUUGUGAAGGUUAUCCGACCCAAACCAGACUACUUUGCUGUGGGAUAUUACGGAAUGGGAUUCCCCUCCUUCCUGCGUAAUAAAAUGUUCAUCUAUCGGGGGAAAGAGUAUGAGCGCAGAGAGGAUCUUGAAGCACGACUCCUCACUCAGUUCCCCAACGCGGAGAUGAUGAAGACGACGACACCGCCCAGCGAAGACACAAAGCACUCCUCUGGACAGUACAUCCAGGGAUUCAUUGUGAAACCUAUCCUCAACCUCCCCACCAAGUUCCAGAACAAGCCUGUUUCUGAACAAAUCAUCAGCUUCUACACAGUAAAUGAAGUCCAUAAAUUCCAGUAUUCCCGGCCAGUUAGGAAGGGAGAAAAGGAUCCUGACAACGAGUUUGCGAACAUGUGGAUUGAGCGGACCACGUACACAACCGCUUACAAGCUUCCCGGCAUCCUGCGCUGGUUUGAAGUCAAGUCAGUUUCCAUGGAGGAGAUCAGUCCGCUGGAAAACGCCAUGGAGACGAUGCAGCUGACCAACGAGAAGAUCAGCAGCAUGGUGCAAAGGCAUCUCAGCGAUCCCAACCUUCCCAUUAACCCCCUCUCUAUGCUGCUGAAUGGGAUAGUGGACCCAGCUGUUAUGGGAGGGUUUGCAAACUAUGAGAAGGCCUUCUUCAAUGACAAAUACAUGCAAGAGCACCCAGAGGACCUCGAGAAGAUAGAGAAGCUGAAGGACCUAAUUGCGUGGCAGAUCCCACAUCUCGCUGAAGGUGUUCGCAUCCAUGGUGAGAAGGUCACAGAGGCACUCAGGCCUUUCCACGACCGCUUGGAGGCCUGCUUCAAACAGCUACGGGAAAAGGUGGAGAAGCAGUAUGGAGUGAGGACUCUGCCAUCAGCACUAGAUCGGCGGGGAUCUCGUCCUCCCUCCAUCGUGCGCUCCUUCACCAUGCCCUCCUCCCAAAGGCCGCUGUCAGUCGCUUCAGUCACCUCAAUCUCCUCUGACAACUCCCCCUCCAGGCCAGGCUCCGAUGGUUUUAACCUAGAGCCUCUUCUACCAAAGAAACUGCACACCAAGUCUCAGGACAAGCUGGACCGGGACGAACCCGAAAAGGAACGCAAAGAGAAGAAGAAGGAGAAGAGGAACAGUAAGCACCAAGAGAUCUUUGACAAAGAGCUGAAGACGACAGAGAUCACCAUGCAGCCGGCUGAGGCCGUCAUUCUCUCAGAGACGAUCAGCCCCCUGCGGCCUCAGAGACCCAAGAGUCAGGUUCUCAACCAGACAGGGGUAGACCGUCGUCUCUCCGUGUCUCCUGGACCUUCUUCCACCAACUCGUCCACCUCCUCACUUGGGCCCCCACCCAUCGCACCAAGGAACAAAAGCUCCUUGAGCCUUCACACUGGUUCCAAUCUGGAGCUGAACGGGAUGGGCUGCUCUGACAAGGGCGAAGUCCCUCCUCCGCUGCCGGUAAAAGGCAGCACGUCGGAUUACGGCAACCUGCUUGAUCAUCAAGACUUGACGACUCCCUCAACACCUCCACCGCCCCCUCCACAUCAAAGACACAUUCCUCCUCCUCUUCCCAGCAAGACCCCUCCCCCGCCUCCACCCAAGACCACCAGGAAGCAGACCUCCAUCGAUUCAGGAAUUGUACAGUAAACAAAGACACUGACAGCAGGACCCAACAGCACGCUGACAACAAAACAAAAACAUCCAGAGUAAAUGUUCUCAGAAGAAAUGCGUUGUUUUCACCCACACAUUCCCCACUCCCCAUCCUGGCUUGACGAGAUGAAUACCUCACAGCAGCCCGCCUCCUCUUAUCAUUUAACUCCUUCCCUGUCUUCCCCCCACCCCUUUGAGUGGACAGCGAUGCCAUCUGCAUCACAGAGCAGAAUCCACCGACGACUUGUCGUUGAGAUUUUGUAGACCAAACUGUCGCUCAGCAGUUUUAUCAUGACAUUAGCUGGAGCUCAGACCAAUGAAACAUCACCCAUAUGUCCAUUGUUCCUAUUCCCACUAUGUACAGAGGUAUGUAUAUAUGAUUUUAUUGUGUUUCUGGUGUUUUGUAUGCGAUCUGAUGAUGACUGCUUUUGUAUUAACACACUUUUUAGAUUAAGUGGCAUUUAUAAGAAACAAAAAAGGGCUUCGAGAUUUGAACUGAGCAGGAUUUUUAGCUUAUUGGUAAAAAAAAAAGCAUCUGGAGUGUAAAUCCAACUAACUCCUGUUGCAUCAGUCAUUGUUCUUGAUUGCUGUAACUUUGGGUUUCCAACCAUAUUGUUUCCAGUUCACUACUGACAUGACGUCUGAAUAAACUUUCAAA